CAUCAUCCUCCUCCUCCUCCUCAUCGUCACCUUCAUCUCCAGCAUCCGCCGCCGCCUCCCCGCCCGCCGUCAUGGCAAGGCCACGGCGCGGCCCGAGAUAGGUGGGCUCGGCCUCUCCGCGGCGCGCCCCGCCGAGCGCAGGAUACCCGUGGUCUCUCAUAUGUGGCAAGACCUCUAGCAGAGCGGUGAAAAGAUGGGUGUGAAAACCUUCACUCACAACUCCCCUGCGCACAGCCAGGAGAUGCUGGGCAAGCUCAACAUGCUCCGCAACGACGGCCACUUCUGCGACAUCACCAUCCGCGUCCAGGACAAGAUCUUCCGGGCUCACAAGGUGGUUUUGGCAGCCUGCAGCGACUUCUUCCGCUCCAAACUCGUUGGCCAAGCAGAAGAUGAGAGCAAGAGCGUGUUAGACCUGCACCACGUGACAGUGACUGGAUUUAUCCCUCUCUUGGAAUAUGCUUACACAGCAACACUGUCUAUUAACACAGAGAACAUCAUCGACGUGUUGGCCGCAGCCAGCUACAUGCAGAUGUUCAGCGUGGCUAGCACGUGCUCCGAGUUCAUGAAGUCCAGCAUUCUCUGGAAUACUCCCAACAGCCAGCAGGAGAAGGUGCUGGAUGCGGGGCAGGAGAACAGUGCAAAUUGUAAUUUCACCUCUCGGGAUGGCAGCCUUUCUCCUGUGUCCUCCGAGUGCAGCGUGGUGGAAAGGACCAUCCCCGUGUGCCGCGAGUCGCGGAGGAAGCGCAAAAGCUACAUCGUGAUGUCCCCAGAGAGCCCCCUUAAGUGUAACACACAAACAAGUUCCCCCCAAGUGCUGAAUCCUUCAACUUCGUACCCAGAGUCCAGAAAUCAGCCCGUGGACUCGUCCUUAGCUUUUCCCUGGACUUUUCCUUUUGGAAUUGAUCGAAGGCUCCAGUCUGAGAAGGUGAAGCAGGCGGAGAACUCGAGGACUUUGGAAAUGCCUGGGCCCUCCGAGGCCAACAGGAGAAUUGCAGAUUAUGUGACUUGUGAGAGCACAAAGGCCAGUUCUCCCCUGGUCAUUGAGGAAGACGUGCGUGUCAAAGUGGAGAGGUUAAGUGACGAGGAGGUUCAUGAGGAAGUAUCACAGCCUGUUAGCGCAUCCCAGAGCUCCCUGAGCGAUCAACAGACAGUCCCAGGAAGCGAGCAAGUGCAGGAGGAUCUCCUGAUCAGCCCACAGUCUUCCUCUAUAGGCUCAAUAGAUGAGGGGGUCACGGAGGGACUACCCACACUCCAAAGUACCUCUGGCACUAACGCUCACGCAGAUGACGAUGAUCGUUUGGAGAACGUUCAGUAUCCCUACCAACUCUACAUUGCUCCUUCUACCAGCAGCACAGAGAGACCCAGCCCCAAUGGUCCAGACAGACCUUUUCAGUGUCCAACCUGCGGGGUCCGCUUCACUCGCAUUCAGAACUUAAAACAACACAUGCUUAUCCACUCAGGCAUUAAACCAUUUCAGUGUGACCGCUGUGGGAAAAAGUUCACCCGCGCUUACUCGCUCAAGAUGCAUCGCCUGAAGCACGAAGGUAAACGCUGUUUCCGGUGCCAGAUAUGUAGUGCCACUUUCACUUCCUUCGGGGAAUAUAAACACCACAUGCGGGUUUCCCGGCACAUUAUCCGCAAGCCUCGGAUUUACGAGUGCAAAACAUGUGGCGCCAUGUUCACCAACUCUGGGAAUUUAAUCGUUCACCUGAGGAGCUUGAACCAUGAAGCGUCAGAGCUAGCAAACUACUUCCAGAGCAGUGACUUCCUAGUACCGGACUACUUAAACCAGGAACAAGAAGAGACCCUCGGGCAGUAUGAGCUAGGGGAGCAUGGCUUUGAAAGCAACUCUUCUGUCCAAAUGCCUGUCAUUUCACAGGUGUCAUCAACUCAGAAUUGUGAAAGCACUUUCCCCUUGGGGUCUCUGGGUGGGUUGGCAGAGAAGGAAGAAGAUGUGCCAGAGCAGCCAAAGACUAACGCCACUGCUGAGGCAGCCGUGGGUGACCCUCCGAAACAGGAGCUGUCAUCCAUUACUAUUGAAUAAGUCAUGGGUUGGUUUCAUUUUUGUUCUUUGGAAAGUGCCUGUGUUUGGUCCUGUACAUUUUAAUUUAAUUUUUUUCUUUUUUUUUUUUUUAAAGAAAAAUGGGGAGAUUUUCCCUUUUUCCUUUGUAAGCUACGCUUUAAACCGAAAACUGCACCAGAUGUUACGGUAUUUUUCAUGACUGAAUGCUCACUUCUGUGAAAAUAUUUAAGACUGAUUGCACAAAACACACAAAAAAAGAUCUUGUCAGAACAUCGUGGAAGCUGUGAGACACCUCUAAAGAAGAACAACUGAUUCAGAUCACUUUAACUAUUUCUUCUUCCACAGUUAGAGCAGCUCAUUCCGUUUCCCUUGCGUCUGCAGGCCCUCUGGUGAAGGGAAAGGAAUCAGAGGAAACCUUUUUAAAAUGACAAGCAAAAAGAUGCGUUGGGAAGCCUUCUUGAAUGGUUUUGACUAGUUUUGAGUGGAUGCUUUAAUCUCCUGCAUAAAAAAUGACACUUCCUAGCUCUGUGCCUGCUGUUUUUCAAAGCACUUACUGUAACCCUUCUCUUGGAAGCAGUAAGCAUUUUUGAAACUCACAGCCACACACAUUGUCCCUUUUCCAUCUCAAACGAAUCCGUUUUGACAAAGCCAGUGAUGUCAUGCCAGGUAUUCCUCCUUCUGAUCUCCCAGUCCUUUUAGAAACUGCUUGAUCAAACCACAUUUGUCCAUCUAAGGUUAGGCAUGGAAAUAGUGCGGUCAGGGAAAAGCCUAAGGGAGAGGAAUGAAUUGAGGCUAGAAAAAUACAUAUCCAUGCGAGCCUGACAAGGAUCUCGUGACUGUAUCUCUCUGUAGAAGGGGAACCACGUGUGAAAAUGAAGGUUUUCCCAAAAAAUUCUUUAAAAUCAUGGCCAGAUUGUCCUCAGGAAGAACAUUGCUUCAUGAGGAAGUGAAGUUC